GAUGGAUUGAUAGCAUAUCAAAAUUUCAGCUCUAAGUUCUUAAUCUCCUUUUCUACUUGUUAUUCAUCAUGGAUAAGUUCUAUGCAGAAAGAAGCAAUGGCCCUUCUGUGGCUACAGCUACAAUGCUCUUUUUUGUGCUUCUAAUGGCUAUCUCAAACAUCACAGCAGGUGCGCAAAGGAUAGGUGUGUGCUACGGAAUGUUGGGUAAUAAUUUGCCAUCGAAAAGUGAAGUUGUGGCUCUCUAUGAAGCCAAUAAUAUACAGAGGAUGAGAGUUUAUGCUCCAAAUCAAGAGGCUUUUCAGGCCCUGAAAGGCUCCAACAUUGAAGUAAUGCUGGGCGUCCCAAACCAAGACCUUCAACGUAUCGCAGGCAGCGACCUAACCCCGGCCUAUGACUUUGUAUAUGGCAAUGUGGUAGCCAAUAAAGAUACUAUCAAUUUCAACUAUAUUCUAGUUGGUAAUGAAGUCGACCUCAAAUAUUUCCAAUAUGUCCUCCCUGCCAUGAAAAACAUCCAGAGCGCAGUUGAAACAGCUGGGUUACAAGACCGAGUGAAGGUGACAACAGCCACUCACUCUGGAGUCCUGGAUAAAACUUAUCCUCCUUCCAAUUCCGUCUUCCGAUCCGAGUAUCUGCAAUUCAUGCGACCCAUCAUUGGCUUCUUAGCAGAAAAAGGGUCACCACUCUGCGCUAAUAUCUAUCCUUAUUUCGCUUAUAUCGGAAACCCCAGCUCUAUUAGGCUUGAUUAUGCCUUGUUUACUGCUCCAGAAGCUGUGGUAUCUGAUGACCAGUUGAACUACCACAACCUUUUUGAUGCUUUGUUGGAUUCUUUCUAUGCUGCCGUUGAGAAGGAAGGCGGGGGAUCUGUGAAGAUUGUCGUAUCUGAAACUGGUUGGCCAAAUGCUGGUGAAUCUGCAGCAACCACGGCCAAUGCACAGACUUAUUUGAACGGAUUGAUCCAACAUGUGAAGGGGGGUACUCCCAGAAGGCCAAAUGGUCCUAUUGAGGCCUACAUAUUUGCCAUGUUCGAUGAGAAUGAAAAGCCUCCUCUAAAGACAGAGACAGAGGCAAUGACAACAGAAAGACACUAUGGGCUUUUCAACCCAAAUCAAAAUCCCAAGUACCAAAUUAGUUUCAGUUAACAACGAUGGUUCAACCUUGAACGUGACAAAGAGUAGUUUCUGUUCUAAUGUAUUUUCAUAUUAAAUAAAGGUUAGACACAUAGGAAUCACGAGUGCAUGGAAUAUGGAAAAAUUAAUGACUCUAGCCAGUAGCUGUUUUACUUUUACCUUUGUGUUCUGUAUAAGAUAUGUCAUAAUCAAAGUUUUUACUAUUACAAGCAAUAAAUUGUAAUUCAAUUGUAAAGUUUGAA